AUGAACAUGUUAGAUGAUGAAGAUGACCAAAGCUUUCACGCUACGCGUGACGGCUACUCCCAUUUGAGCGACGUCGAAUGGGAUGCGGUUGAACGGAUGAGUUCAACCAUGGGCAUCCAUGCUGUUAGCGUCAUGCUAGAGGCUCUCAAUAGAGAUGCCCAACAUGCUACUAUCGCCAAUUUCAUUCAAAAUGAACUUGACGCUGAACGCGAGAAAGUAGCCUUGCUUCACCAACAAGGUUCUCAACAAGCAGAGUUGUUGAGAGAACAGGGUGCUCAACAGUUUGAACUGUUGAGACAGCAGCAGGCUGCUGCUGGUGGGUCGAUGCACUCGCGUCGACCCGAGACCUUGAAUGUUGACAUCUCCAAGUAUAGGGGAGUCGAAGAGGACUCCCUCUUGAGAUGGUUUGUCGAAUUGGAUGACGCCAUAAGGGCGCGUCGCGUCGACGACGGGGAUAUGCAAGUUGCAUUUGCCCAGUCAAAUCUGGCAGGACGUGCCAAGACUUGGGCACUGGGGCUCAAGUUGCACGACCCAUAUGCGUUUGGGUCGUUAGAAGUCUUCAAGUCGCGGCUCAGACAAACGUUUGAACCGCCUAGAGCUGAGUUCAGAGCUCGAACCGAACUCUUGAAGCUCAAGCAGUGUAAGCGUGAUGUGCACGCUUACCCUGCUUGA